AUGGGUAAAGUAUUUGGAAAGCUCUUCACAGCUGUGGAGAAGGAGAAGGAGUUGCCUUCAAACUCAGAAGACAUUGGUGUCGUCGCUGGAGGAGGGAAGAGGAAACGGACAGAAGAUGGGGAAAGCCUACCGAGGAAAAGAAGUAGGAAACGGGACUCCUCCCCGCAGAACGAUGAGUUGCCGUCCAGCUCAGAAGACAUUGGUGUUGUCGAUGGAGGAGGAAAGAGGAAACGGACAGAAGAUGGGGAAAGCCCACCCUGGAAAAGAAGCAGGAAACCGGGCCCCUUCCCGUGGAGCGGUGAGUUGUUCAGCUCAGAGGACACUGAAAGCAGAAACACACCCGAGGCGGCUCUGAGCGAGGGAAGCGCUAAGAGGAAGGCGGUCGACGAUGAAGGACCGGUUGAGAAGAAGUACAGGCUUCUAGACGAGUCAGACGUGUUUAAGGCCAAGUACCAGCAGCUGAAGAAACUUGGCCAAGGAUCUUUUGGAUGCGUGUUUGCUGGCUACCGCAGAGCGGAUAAUCUACCCGUCGCCAUCAAGCAUAUCGACAGGAAACACCAUCUCACCCUUUACCAAGAAGAUGAUGGGUACACGAUCCCCAUGGAGGUCGCUGUCCUAGAGCAUCUACAGGCCAACUCAGAGCGGCAUUCAGCACCAGUUGACCUACUGGACUGGUACGUUGAGGAACAGGGGCUGAUCCUGGUGCUGGAGAGACCGUUGCCGGCCGUAGACCUCGCCAACUACAUCCAAGGCAAAGGAGGCCACUUGAUAGAAACGGAAGCCAAGAUUAUAAUUAAUCAGCUGCUGGAUGCAGCCAUUGACCUCAAGCAGAAGCACGUUUUCCACCGGGACAUUAAACCCGAAAAUCUUCUUAUUGAGACCUGCAUGAAGUCGCCGCGAGUUCGCCUCAUCGACUUCGGUCUG